GUGGAGUGGAUUUCUCCUUUGUGCCAUUGCAAUGCUCCUUGUGAUAUUUCCCAUGUUUACCUUUCCGAAAAAACUCCCUCCUCGACAUAAAAAAAAGAAAAAGAAAAAGAAGAUGAACCCUGAUGAUGUUUCAAGUGAUGAUGAAGUGAUGAAAGAGAAAACAAAUAGCAAAAUACAAGCAGACAAUGCAGUUCCUGCCUCUAUGGGAUUUGGAAAGAAUGUUAAAGAGCUUCCAAGAGCAGCUGUCAGGAUCUUAAGCAACAUGACAUUCCUUUUUGUGAGUUUGUCAUACACAGCUGAGAGUGCCAUUGUCACAGCUUUUAUUACCUUCAUUCCCAAGUUCAUCGAGUCACAGUUUGGCAUCCCAGCUUCCAAUGCCAGCAUCUACACUGGUGUGAUUAUUGUCCCAAGUGCUGGUGUUGGUAUUGUCCUCGGUGGCUACAUUAUAAAAAAACUGAAACUUGGUGCGAGAGAGUCUGCAAAGUUGGCUAUGAUCUGCAGUGGUGUCUCUCUGCUGUGCUUUUCAACUCUCUUCAUUGUUGGAUGUGAAAGCAUUAAUCUAGGGGGAAUAAAUAUACCUUACACAACUGGUCCCACGCUUGCCAUGGCCCACAGGAAUCUGACUGGGAGCUGUAAUGUUAACUGUGGAUGUAAGAUUCAUGAGUACGAGCCUGUCUGUGGAUCAGAUGGAAUAACGUAUUUUAAUCCUUGCCUAGCUGGCUGCAUCAGUGGUGGAAACCAUAGCACAGGGGUAAGAAAUUACACAGAAUGUGCCUGUGUCCAGAGUCGCCAGGUGAUCACUCCGCCGACGGUGGGCCAGCGCAGCCAGCUCCGGCUGGUUAUUGUCAAAACCUACCUGAAUGAGAACGGCUACGCUGUUUCUGGGAAGUGUGAUCGAACCUGCAACACGCUUAUCCCGUUCCUGAUAUUUCUCUUCAUUGUUACCCUUAUAACAGCGUGUGCCCAGCCGUCAGCAAUCAUAGUGACACUCAGGUCUGUGGAAGAUGGGGAGCGCCCCUUUGCACUAGGAAUGCAGUUUGUUUUGUUGCGAACUCUUGCUUACAUUCCCACUCCAAUUUAUUUUGGGGCUGUUAUUGACACCACGUGCAUGCUUUGGCAACAGGAUUGUGGCGUACAAGGAUCUUGUUGGGAAUACGAUGUCACCUCAUUUCGUUUUGUCUACUUUGGCUUGGCAGCUGCUCUCAAGUUCGUGGGAUUCUUUUUUAUUUUCCUGGCCUGGUAUUCCAUUAAGUGUAAAGAAGAGCAACUGCAGAGACAGAGAUGGAGGGCUUCGCCGGUGAACACUGUGAGUGAGAUGGUUGGCCAGGCAGGACCCCAACAAAACUAUGCACGGACUAGAUCCUGCCCUACCUUCAGUUCCCGAGGAGACAUCAGUGUGGCACAAGGAAUGAACUGCGUAGCACAGACAUACCCCGGCCCUUUUUCAGAAGCAAUAAAUUCCUCAAAUGAAAACGCGUUGGAAGAAGUCACUGCUGAGAUAUAG